CAAAUUCAAGGGAGGAAAUCGAGCCCAUUCGCUCUAAAACGGUGAGUCAUAGUGGCGGUAUUGUUAAAAUAAGGAACAUGACAACAAGUAGACCUCAAACGCAAAUCCAAGACGAAGAGAUAAUACUAAGACCUACGGUACAUAUUACACAAGCAGGAAGAGAAUAUAAAAAUAUUAUGAGACGAAUUUGGCGUGCUUGUAAUUAUUGGAUCAAGUGUCCCAAAGACAGACAAAAAAUUUAUGGCAAUAUUGGAGAAGCAUUUUAUAAUGUUGCCCUUAUUGUAGAUGAUAUGGAAGAUCAUACGAUACUUCGUCGAGGAAUUCCUGCCGCUCAUAUGGUUUAUGGAAUUCCUUUGACCGUGCAAGCUACGAUUUACAAGACUAUUCUUUCACUUGAAGAAUUGUUCCUUUAUUUAGAAGAUAGUAAGGAAGAAGCUACUGAUUCAUUAAUUAAACUCGGAACUCGCCUGUUUGCAGGACAAGGAAUAGAGAUACACUUCACUGAUAUCGUAAAGUGCCCUACCUUUGACGAUUACAGAGCGAUAAUUUACGGCAAAUCUUUCGCUGUUAUACACUGGGGAGUUCGAUUAUUGGAAUUAUUUGCCAAGAAAGAAAAAAUCCAGUUUGGUGCAAAAUUUUGGGAUAAUUUGAGUUACUUUGCAGCGGUAUAUGACGAUUACGUAAAUUUGCACAACCCUAAGUGGGCAAGCGUUCGGGUCUACUGUGAUGAUCUCGAUGAAGGAAAAUUUAGCUUUCCUAUGAUUCAUGCUAUUCAGAGUCAUCCGAAUGAUCAUCGGCUUUUGACUAUGUUAAAAAACAGGCCACUGGAUAUGGAAAGUAAGAAACUUUUCGUAGAUAUAAUGGAAAGUUUUGGAAGUUUUGAGUAUACUAGAAAACUACUGGAAGAUACGAAAAAUGGUGUUUUCGACGAAGUGGACAAAAUGAAAAUAGGGAAAAAUCCACAUUUGCAACGAGUUCUUGAAGAUAUAUUUACUAAAUUAGAAACUGACCUUUUUAUCGACAAGUGUAAUUAA